AGAUAAAGCAUUUGUCCGUGCAAAUGGUAUUAGAAUAUCAGAAAAAUUAAAAAUUAAAAAAAGAAAAAAAAAAUAAUCUUUGUUUUCUAAUCUUUCGAGAUGAUCGCCAAUGCCAGCCUCAUCUCCUGCAACUUCUCCACCUUCCCAUCUUUUCCGCUCAAAAACCCAAAGCUCAAAACUUUACUCAAAGCCCAUAAUAUUAAACCCAGAUUAGCACAUUCCAAAACGAAUUAUGGAUGUUUCUCAAACCAAAGUCAAAGUGAUAAACCAAUUUUCUCAUUUCAGAAAAAGGGUCUUCGUCAAAUUUGUAAGAGUACCUUAAACAAUCAGAACCCAAAAGACCCAGUUCUUAGUAAUGAAGAUGGCUUGGAAAGUGAGGUUGGUAAGAGUGAAAGUGUUUCUGAGGGAAGGGACUGGACGACAUCAAUUUUGCUGUUUGUGUUGUGGGGUGUGCUAAUGUACUACGUUUUCAAUCUGGCUCCAAACCAAACCCCGUCACAGGACUUGUAUUUCUUGAAAAAGCUCUUAUAUUUGAAGGGAGAUGAUGGUUUCAAAAUGAAUGAAGUCCUUGUGGCUCUGUGGUAUAUAAUGGGUCUGUGGCCCUUGGUGUACGGUAUGCUUUUGCUUCCGACAGGUAGAAGUUCAAAGAGCAAAAUUCCAGUCUGGCCUUUCUUAAUUCUUUCAUUCUUCGCUGGUGCAUAUGGUCUUCUUCCUUAUUUUGUACUUUGGAAACCACCACCUCCUCCUGUUGAAGAAACUGAGCUCAGCAGAUGGCCUCUGAAUUUUCUAGAAUCAAAAUUGACAGCUGGGAUAUCACUUGCUGCAGGGCUAGGUUUAAUCAUUUAUGCAGGAUUAGCCGAUGGAGACAUCUGGAAGGAAUUUUUCCAGUAUUUCAGGGGAAGCAGAUUUAUCCAUGUCACGAGCCUGGAUUUUACUCUCCUAUCAGCAUUUGCUCCAUUUUGGGUUUACAAUGAUAUGACCUCCCGGAAAAUGUCUGAUAAAGGUUGGCUUCUACCUUUAUCAUUGGUGCCACUCAUUGGUCCUGCUUUGUACAUUGUCUUACGGCCAGCACCACCAUUGACAACGCCUUUACCACUUGGCAGUGCUACAUCUAAGCCAAAAUAACAUUUCAGCUAAUACCUCUGUAGCAAAAAAGUAUUGCCCCUCGCCCAAGAUGGGUAAAUAUUACACCAAUGGCAGGAUGAUUUUGAAAUGUCACUGGUCAGGUUUUUGGCACUCACAUAUUCAGUCAUCAGUACAUUCCUAAUGUUCAUGCUGGCAGAAGUGCUCGCAGAAGGGCAAAGUUUAUAAACAUUGUAAAAGCUAAUAGUGUCUGUAUAAAUCUCAACGAUUGAGGACCCCUUUUUGCGUCUGCCGCAUGAGGUGAAGGGAAUGAGAUAGUUGGGAAAGACUUAAAAAACGAACUCUAAAGAAUAUUGAAUUCAGGUGAAUGGCCAUUUCUUUGA